AUGCCUGCCGCAAUCGCGCGUCCUGCCGCCGGGUUCUUCUAUAUCCUCAGUCGACCGAGACCUGAAUACCUUGAGGAGUAUCAUGAGUGGUACAACACUGAGCAUGGGCCGCUGCGGGUAAAGCUGGACUUUGUGCAGAACGGCUAUCGAUACAAAUGCGUGGAUCCAGAUCCAUCGCUCUUUAUGGCCGCGUAUGACCUGUCCCGCCUUGCCGGACUAGAAGAGCCCGAAUACACUGUUCUGCGGAGCAAUCGAUCGGCGCGAGAGUCAGAAGUCUUUGAUAAGAAGCUCGACUGGAUCGACAGGAGGGUGUAUAAGGAUAUCUCAAGUCGUGGUAGCAGUAAAGGCCCCGCCCCCGUGGUCAUAGUGGUUGCGCUGCUGGUCCGGAACGACAUGAUUGCAGAAGUACACCGUUGGUAUGAAGAGGAACACAUCACCGAUUUGAGUCGAGUACCUGGCUGGCGGAGGACCAGAAGGUUUGAGCUCGUAGAAGCGGAUGACCUGCAAGAUGGAUACACUGGGCUCCUGGCGGUGCAUGAUUUUGACAGGGACAACGGCUUAGACGGUCCAGAGCAUCAGCUUGCCAAAUCUCGACCAUGGCGUAACAAGAUCAUGGCUCGGGUUCGCAGUCGGGACAACAAGCGCUUCGAGUUCUUACAUGAGUUUCGAGCGUCUGACUAUCGUCGGCCUUGA